GGUGGGUGACUUCCACAGGAAAAGUUCUGGAGAAGCAUCCAGAGACGAUCAACAUUUCCUUUAUGUUGUGGGAAUCGAAAUGACUUUAGUGUUACUGACCCUUUUACAGCAUCCCUGUGAAUGUUUUUUUUUUUUCUUGAAAAGACAGAAACUUACUCAGCCAGUAAAAGACACUUAAACUCAAGAAACUUUUGGGUAGCACUGCAAUUACAUUACUUCAAACUGAUAAACUGCAGAAGUAAUCGGAACUCCUGUUUACAUAUGUCAACCUAAAAACUCUGCUUCCUUUUUUUUUUUUUUUUUUUUUUUACGGAAGAUGUCUUUUUGUGAUUGACCUCAAUUACUGACUUGUGGAGAUUCGGUGAAUGUGAAAUCCCAAAUAUAUACUGUUUCCUUCUAAGCCCACUGACCAUUCUGGAAGAUCUUGAACCCUCUUCUGGAAAGGGGUGCCUAUCAUUGCUUUAUGGGGCAGCAGCCUGGAAAAGUUCUUGGGGACCAGAGAAGGCCAAGUUUGCCUGCCUUGCACUUUAUCAAAGGAGCAGGGAAGAAGGAAUCAUCGAGGCAUGGGGGUCCACACUGCAAUGUUUUUGUGGAACAUGAAGCCCUUCAGAGGCCAGUAGCAUCUGACUUUGAGCCCCAAGGUCUCAGCGAAGCAGCUCGUUGGAACUCCAAGGAAAACCUUCUCGCUGGCCCCAGUGAAAAUGACCCCAACCUUUUCGUUGCACUGUAUGAUUUUGUGGCCAGUGGGGACAACACCCUAAGUAUAACUAAAGGUGAGAAGCUCCGGGUUUUAGGCUACAAUCACAAUGGGGAAUGGUGUGAAGCCCAAACCAAAAAUGGCCAAGGGUGGGUCCCAAGCAACUACAUCACGCCAGUCAACAGUCUGGAGAAACAUUCCUGGUAUCACGGGCCUGUGUCCCGCAACGCGGCCGAAUACCUGCUGAGCAGUGGGAUCAACGGCAGCUUCUUGGUCCGGGAGAGCGAGAGCAGUCCUGGCCAGAGGUCCAUCUCACUGAGAUACGAAGGGAGGGUGUACCACUACAGGAUCAACACUGCUUCCGAUGGCAAGCUCUACGUCUCCUCAGAGAGCCGCUUCAACACUUUGGCUGAGUUGGUUCAUCAUCACUCGACUGUGGCAGACGGCCUCAUCACCACUCUCCAUUACCCGGCCCCCAAGCGCAAUAAGCCCACCGUCUAUGGCGUGUCCCCCAACUACGACAAGUGGGAGAUGGAGCGCACGGACAUCACCAUGAAGCACAAGCUGGGCGGGGGCCAGUACGGGGAGGUGUAUGAAGGCGUGUGGAAGAAAUACAGCCUGACGGUGGCCGUGAAGACCUUGAAGGAGGACACCAUGGAGGUGGAGGAGUUCUUGAAAGAAGCUGCAGUAAUGAAAGAGAUCAAGCACCCCAAUCUAGUACAGUUACUCGGGGUCUGCACCCGGGAGCCCCCGUUCUAUAUAAUCACUGAGUUCAUGACCUAUGGGAACCUGUUGGAUUACCUGAGAGAGUGUAACCGGCAGGAGGUGAACGCUGUGGUGCUGCUCUACAUGGCCACUCAGAUCUCGUCGGCCAUGGAGUACCUCGAGAAGAAGAACUUCAUCCACAGAGAUCUUGCUGCCCGAAACUGCCUGGUAGGGGAGAACCACUUGGUGAAGGUGGCUGAUUUCGGCCUGAGCAGGUUAAUGACGGGGGAUACCUACACAGCCCAUGCCGGGGCCAAGUUCCCGAUCAAGUGGACGGCGCCGGAAAGCCUGGCCUACAACAAGUUCUCCAUCAAGUCCGACGUCUGGGCUUUUGGAGUAUUGCUUUGGGAAAUUGCUACCUAUGGCAUGUCACCUUACCCAGGAAUUGACCUGUCGCAGGUGUAUGAGCUGCUAGAGAAGGACUACCGCAUGGAGCGCCCGGAAGGCUGCCCAGAGAAGGUCUACGAACUGAUGCGCGCAUGUUGGCAGUGGAAUCCCUCUGACCGGCCCUCCUUUGCUGAAAUCCACCAAGCCUUUGAGACAAUGUUCCAGGAAUCCAGCAUAUCAGAUGAAGUGGAGAAGGAACUGGGGAAAAAAGGUGUGCGAGGGGUUGCAAGUACUUUGCUGCAGGCCCCAGAGCUGCCCACCAAGACAAGAACCUCCAGGAAAGCUGCGGAGCACAAAGACCCCACUGAUGUGCCUGAGACGUCCCACUCCAAGGGCCCGGGAGAGACCGAUCCUUUGGACCACGAGCCUCCUGUGUCUCCACUGCUCCCUCGGAAAGAACGAGGUCCCCAGGAUGGCGGCCUAAAUGAAGAUGAGCGCCUUCUCCCCAAAGACAAAAAGACCAAUUUGUUCAGUGCCUUGAUCAAGAAGAAGAAGAAAACAGCCCCAACCCCCCCGAAACGCAGCAGCUCCUUCCGGGAGAUGGACGGCCAGCCCGAGCGCAAGGCGGCCAGUGAGGAAGAGGGCCGAGAAACCAGCAACGGGGCGCCGGCCCUCACGCCCUCGGACGCAGCCGAGCCAGCCAAGUCCCCAAAGCCCAGCAGCGGAGCUGGUGUCCCCAAUGGAGCCUUCCGGGAGUCAGGGGGUGCAGGCUUCCGGUCUCCCCACCUGUGGAAAAAGUCCAGUACACUGACCAGCAGCCGCCUGGCAGCCGGUGAGGAGGAGAGUGGCAGCAGCUCCGGCAAGCGCUUCCUAAGGUCCUGCUCUGCCUCCUGCGUGCCUCACGGGGCCAGGGACACAGAGUGGAGGUCUGUCACCCUGCCUCGGGACCUGCAGUCCACGGGGAGGCAGUUCGACUCGUCCACGUUUGGAGGGCACAAAAGCGAGAAGCCAGCUCUGCCUCGGAAGCGGGCAAGUGAGAACAGGUCCGACCAGGUGACCAGAGGCACGGUGACUCCCCCACCCAGGCUGGUGAAAAAGACCGAGGAUGCAGCGGACGAGGUCUUCCGAGAUGCGGGGGAGUCCAGCCCCGGCUCCAGCCCUCCCAGUCUGACUCCGAAACUCCUCCGCAGGCAGGUCGCGGGGGCUCCUUCCUCUGGCCUUCCCCACAAGGACGAGGCCGGGAAGUCCAGUGCCUUGGGGACACCUGCUGCAGCUGAGCCGGUGCCCCCCGCCAGCAGAGCAGGGCCAGGCGUGUCCGGAGGGACCGGCAAGGCCCCCACCGAGGAGCCCAGAGCGAGGAGGCACAAGCCCUCCUCUGAGUCCCCAGGGAGAGACAAGGGGAAGCUGUCCAAGCUCAAACCUGUCCCGCCGCCCCCACCACCAGCCUCUGGUGGGAAGGCCGGGAAGCCCUCUCAGAGCCUGAGCCAGGAAGCAGCUGGGGAGGCUGGCACUGGCGGGAAAGCCAAAGCCACGGCCGUGGUUGUGGAUGCUGUGAACAGUGACACCGUCAAGCCCGGUCCGCUGGGAGAGGGCGUCAAAAAGCCUGUGCUCCCGUCCAUGCCAAAGCCACAGUCGUCCAGCAAGCCGGCGGGGACCCCAACCAGCCCAGCUCCCGCCCCUUCCACCUUGCCAUCAGCAUCCUCUGCCCUGGCUGGGGACCAGCCGGCCUCCACUGCCUUCAUCCCUCUCAUAUCGACCCGUGUAUCUCUUCGGAAAACCCGCCAGCCUCCAGAGCGGAUCGCCAGUGGCACCAUCACCAAGGGCGUGGUCCUGGAUGGCACGGAGGCUCUGUGCCUGGCCAUCUCCAAGAACUCUGAGCAGAUGGCCAGCCAUAGUGCCGUGCUAGAGGCCGGCAAGAACCUCUACACGUUCUGCGUGAGCUAUGUGGAUUCCAUCCAGCAAAUGAGGAACAAGUUUGCCUUCCGCGAGGCCAUCAACAAACUGGAGAAUAAUCUCCGGGAGCUUCAGAUCUGCCCGGCGACAGCAGGGAGUGGCCCGGCGGCCACUCAGGACUUCAGCAAACUCCUCAGCUCCGUGAAAGAGAUCAGUGAUAUCGUGCAGAGGUAGCAGAGGCCAGGCAUCAGGCCAGCCGGAGCCAGCUGCCGUGCGUGAGGGCUUCCGCAGGCCUGCCACGGUGGCUGCCACGAGACCAGUGAGGUGGCCCGGGGGCCCUGUGCAGACGGGGCUGAGGGUCACUGCGGAGCACGGCUCUACUACCUAGGCUUUGCCCCGGCCGUGCUUCCGCACUUUGGCCUCCCCAGCCCGGGCUCCCUGAGCCGCCCCUGUUCCGAGCUCUGUCUGUGGAGUUCCCGCUCUGUGGACUUCCGUUGGCCCACCAGCCUCUUCCCCACGUAGUGCUCCAGGACUGAGCUCUGUGGGCCAGGUGGGAAAGCGGACGAGCAUUUCUUUUUCGCUUUUCUUUCCAGAGGCCCUCCUCUGGCUCUGCCUUCUCUUCUUCUUCCCUCAAGGACGAGUGCCCUGAACAGGAGCCUUUU